GUCACUCUUUCAUCCGCCAUCUCGCUCGUAAAGAAACAAAGAAAACAGACAAGUUAGCGAUGAAAUGGUCAGGAUUGUUACUCUUUUCAAUUCUGGUUGCUAUUUGCAGCGGUAAAGAGAAAGAAAACUGUCGGCAAGUAGAGAUGAACCCCGCAAAGCAGGACUUUGUCCUCGAGAACCACGUUUUCAAAAGGAUGGAAAUUGAGACAGCCAGCGCAUGUGAAGUGAACUGCUUCAUGGAAGCUGACUGUGUUUCCUACAAUCUAAAACCGCAACAGAAUGGAACAAUUUUGUGUGAAUUGAGUGAUUCGGAUCACGCAAACAAUCAGCAGGAUCUAAGAUACAAAGAAGGGACUGUUUACAAAUCAUUUAAGAACCGCUGUUCCAGUAUGCUUUGUCCAUCAACAAAGCGAUGCCAAACUGGCUUCACUCGGAAGGGUUAUCGUUGUGUUUGCGCAAAUGGACUACUGGGAGAAAACUGCACUGAAGGUUUGUACAAGAAAAAUGAUUCUUAA